CCCACCCGAAAAAAUAUCCCCAAUUCCCCACCCCAGCUAGCAACCCUAAUCACAUUUCGCCGCCUCCACCCCCGUCAACCUCUCCCCCUUCUCUCGCCAACCCCCGCGAGAUCUGCCCAGCGCGAGCAGCCAUGGCGGAUACGCUCGACAUGACCCUCGACGACAUCAUCAAGAACAACAAGAAGAGCAACCCCUCCUCCGGCGGGGGCCGCCGCAGCCGCGGCGGAUCCGCCUCUGGCGGCAGCGGCGGCGGGGUCGGGCCGACCAGGCGCCCCUUCAAGAGGGCCGGAAACAGGCAGGCUCCCUACCAGCCGCCGAAGGCCCCCGACGCGGCGUGGCAGCACGACAUGUACCCCGCGGUCGCCGCCACCGGUGGAGGCAGCGGCGGGAGGGUCUCGGCUAUCGAGACGGGCACCAAACUCUACAUCUCCAACCUGGACUUUGGCGUCUCGAACGACGACAUCAAGGAGCUUUUCUCUGAGUUAGGUGAUCUGAAGCGAUCUUCCAUAAAUUAUGAUCGAAGUGGGAGGUCUAAGGGAACAGCUGAAGUUGUGUUUGCAAGGCGUGCUGAUGCUGUAGCUGCAGUGAAGAAAUAUAACAACGUGCAACUUGAUGGUAAGCCCAUGAAGAUAGAGAUAGUUGGGACCAAUACUCCAACAACAGCUGCUGCUCCUCCAGUCAUUAACGGAGGCCAGGCUAGGAAUGCUGUGAAGAGGUAUAUUCUCAUCAGUCUAUAUCAAUAUCAUUUGUAGGGGCAUGUUUGGCAGUAUUUAGAUUAACUAAGGGGCAUUAUGCUAAUAGUUAUUUAUUGUUAUAUGAAUUAUGUCAUUGAACAGCACAACUAGACUCAUGUCUCUCAAGUUUCAAUGUGGCAAGGAAAAUAGAAUGAUAUCUAAUAAAGAUAUCAAUUUUAUUAGUUUUUUUUAAUAAGCGCUUAACGGUAAUUUCCAUGUGCAGUAGGCUAUUUUUGUCAUGUGCAAACUUAAUAUAAUAUGUCCUGUUUUCAGGGUCUUUGGCAUUGUUGAAUCUGUAUUUUUUAGGGUUAAUUGGGUCCAUACCAUUAUAAUUUUUGAAGUUCUGAGAUUUACCAUUACAAUUCACUUAUUCUGAAACUUGCCAUGUGUGCCCCACGAGCCGGCAUCUCCUUCAACCUCCUGUUGUCCUCUCUGUGUCCGCACCCCCCCAUCACCGGUGGGCAAGCACAGCAGCUCCAGGCAACAUUUGCACCAUGCGGCGGAGGUCGCUGGCCGAACAGUCGCAGCAUCCUGCGAGCUCCGGCAUCCCCGUGGUGUGGCCUUGCGAGGGGAACGACAACGCUUGACAUUUUUUGUCGAACAAAUAGCUUGCCAUCUUCCAAUUUCUGUUAGUUUCUUUCUUCAUCUCCAUGAGAAGAACUUCAUAGCACCCAGAUAGACACCAGGGACGCAGCUCUCCCUCCCAAUUUCCCCUCUUCAACAAAUCAGAGCACAAAAUUGCACCAGUUCUGCUUCUCUUCUUCCCAAUUUUCCUCUGUGCUCUUCAACAUCUCAAAUCAGAACACAAAUGGCACCAGUGGGUCUGCUCGUCCUCUCAAUUUCUCUCUCUACUCCUUGACACCUCAAAUCAGAGCACAAAUUGCACCAGUACUGCUGCUGCAGCAUCGAGCUAGGGUUGCUGGAAGCAGGAAGCAGCGGCGCGGCGCAUGGGGGUCCCCUCGCGGUCAUUGGAAUCAGCGGCGCGGGGCCUUCAUGAAGAGGUGGGCGCAACGAGGAGCACGCAGGCUUGGGACAAGUGGCGGCGGCCAGCCACUUACACGCAUGCAGGGAGCGCCAAGCAACAUGGGGCGAACUCACGCGCCCGCCGUUCCUAGCUGAACCCGGUCUCGCACGCAUCUAGAACCUAUGAUGGUGGUGCGGACGCAGAGGAUGGUUGGAGGUUGAAGGAGAAGCUGACUGGUGGGGCCCAUAUGUCAGCGAGUGUAAGAGAGAACCAUCAGCACACCGAGGGGUGGCCCUACAGGUAUGCCACAGCGUAGACCCCAUCAGAGGGGCGGCGGUGGAAGACGUGGUGGUGGAUCUGGUGGUCGUCGUGGCAAAGAGCGUAGUAAGCCAAAGUCUGCUGAAGAACUUGAUGCUGACUUGGAGAAGUAUCAUGCCGAUGCAAUGCAGACUAACUAAAGGCCUUCACCAAGUUGAAAUUUCCGUCAAUUAUGAAGAGCAUUAGUCCUUUCAUUCCUGCUGUUUGUGCUGCUAUGUUCAGGGGACAACAGAACAUUAUGUUUGUGGGGGUCUUGCUUUACUGAAUUUUAUGGGUUAUAUGUGUUUACAUAGAACUAGACAGUGGGUGAUGCUGAACACUGCUAUGGAAAUUACUUGGUUGCCUUUAGUUUCUGUACCUAAUGCUGAAGAGUGAAGAAUCAUCCAAGUUGCUCCACAUGUGAACAUUGGAGAUGUACGAAGAUCCUCUCAUUUGCUUUGACCCUCACCAUGCAAAUACAACAUCUUCGAGGUAAAAAAAGGACUGGAUAUCAGAUGUUCCCUGGUGAUCCAGUUUUGUGCUUUUAUUCUGAUAUUGCUGAGAUGAUUAACUGCUGUCCCGGUUCAAGCUCCAGCCAUCUUAGUAGGAGGUGGCUGUUGCUUUUUAUUUUGAAGCAUUGUGAUUUAUUUUGGGAAUCUUAAGCGAUCUUCUCAGGCACAUUAAUGAUUCGCAUGAGCUCAAGGUGCCUCAUUCUUUUAAAAGUUGAUUCCUUUCUUUCAUAAUCUGCAUAGCUUCUGGUGUCGACAAGUUAUUGCGGAUUUUGGCUGUCGCUAAUCUCAUUGAAACAUCAUGGUGCAAAUCCUGCUUCGAGGUCUGCUUUUGGUAGUUAUAGUUGAUGCUUCUACAUCCUUUGGGACUUGAGCCCAUUUGCUUUCGUAUUUAUGGUGUAAGCAUAUGGGGAUGCCUCAGGUGGUUGAUCUCAUCAACUGCGCUUGGUUGGAAUUAUUAUCAACUUGCUUGGAGGAUGCACAUCGGCUCAAGGAGUCUCUUAACUCUUGCCUAGAAAAUCAGUUUUUUAA